GACGUGUGGCAUCACUUUGAAGCAUCAAAAGACGUUUUUGAAAGGCAAAUCGGGAAUUUGGCGGGAAUGGAAGGGAGUGAGAGUGAAGGGGUGUUUGAUGCUCUCAAUCUGAACCCACAACUCUUCUGUAACGAAGUUCUCAACAACGUCGACGAUGUUCUCGAUGAAGCUUUUAAUUUUUUCUACCAGGACGCAUCCACGAAAUUGAACAUCGAAGGCUCCCAAAAGUCCCAAGAUCUGAAAAAGGGUGUUGAUUGCAUUCGUCAGAGAGUUCAAUCUGUUUUGGACAAACAGCUUGGUGCUUGGGAGAAUUACAUCCUCCGUCACUGUUUUUCUCUUCCCCGAGGUUUUCGUUUGCCAAACACCGAUGAAUCAACUGAGAGUGGCCCUGAUCCAGGUGCUCCUUUUGAUCCAGAUACAGAUGCUCAGUUAGAUUCGUUGAGAGAAAAAUUAACUGAGGUUGCGAAGGAUUCUGAAAUGCUUAAUCAAGAAAUUCAACUAUUAGAAAGAAAUUCUACUGUCAAUGCUGGAUAUAUCAAUGAAGCAGUACAAUUAUAUGAGCAAAACUCUAUGAAUGAGUUGUUUCAGGAGAUUGUGACCACCGCCUCAGAACUUGGAACGAAGUUGGGAAAGUUAAACUCCAGCAUGAUUGAAGAGACUGACCAAAUGAAAACAAAAAGUAUCUAUAGCCCAGAAAUGGAUCUAUCUGCUGUACAUUCUGCUAAAGGACUCUCAAAUAAGAAGUUAGACGACAUUGAAGAAUUUGUAGGUAUCAUGAAGAGUAUGUGAACUUGUCAUUUUCAUCAAUCUAAUUGGACUGGACUUUGCGUGUUUUAGCCAUUAUAUAAUUAAUCCUGUAUUUGUGGCAA